AUGGGUAACCUAUCACAAUAUAAUACAAGCAUUUGGUGUUAUAAAAGCUCUGGUUUCAAAACAGCUUUUAGUCUUAUAAAUUAUUUUGAUAGGUUUAACCUUUUUACGGGUAAAUAUAUUAGUUAUCUUAAAUUUAGAAAAGUUUAUAUUAUGAUAACGGAAGGAAAACAUUUAGAAAAGAAAGGAGUAAAAAAAAAUUAUAAGUAUUAAAACUAAGGGAUCCUCAGAGACAAGCACGCAAGAGAUUUAAAUAAAAUAUUAAUUUUAUAUAUAGAAAAUUUUAACGUAUACUUACUAUUUUAGACUAUUUAAAAUAACAUAUAUCAGUUUAAACUUUGCUAUAUCUAAAAAAAAAAAUAUAAAGUUAAUUUAAAUCAAGAUACUGUCCAAACUAAGUUAUUUAAAAUGUUUAGGCUUAUAUACCAUGUUACAGCUAGGUUUAUAUUCUACUGCAUUUAUUAAAACCUUAGUUUUAAAGCAAAGCCUAGGUUAAUAUAGAAGACAAGUAGGCUCAAGUCUAGUCUAGUGAUAUUGGCAUGUUUAAUCUGUAUUAUAACUUUAUAUUUAUUUAAAACAAGUGAAAAAGUAUUAUAUAAUUCUUUAAAUUUAGAUAUAUUUAUGAUUAACCAGGGUGUUAAAUAUAUAUAUAUUGUAUUUUUUAUUAUUUUUAUUUUUAUUUUUAAUAUAGAUUACGUUAUUCUAUUAUCUAAUUUGGAAUAUGUACCUUUCUCGGAGGGAUCGUUUGAUCUUAUUUCAAGUGAGGAUAUAUUUAGUAAAGAUUCUACAUUUAAUAUGGAUUCUACUGCUGGUUAUGAUCCAGUUAAAGAUGCAAUUAGAAUUAAUAAUGCUGCUAAAGCCUUAGAAAAACCAGAAGGUGGCGGGGAUAACGGUUCACCUUCUGGGGAUAAUAAGCCAAAGCCAAAAGCGCUUGUCAUAACCGGGGACUCAUUAUACACUAAAUGUUAUAACCAAAUGGUGAUAAGUAGAACUCAUAGUCAUAAAGCGUAUUAUAUGGAUAGUUGAGGCGAAAAUACUUUAACUCCAAAUGAGCGGAUUGAGUUUAGAAACCGUGUUAUGGCAUGAAAUGAUAGUUUGUAUAGAUUGGAAAUGAAACCAUCUCAUCAUUUACAGGGUGAAUUGUUAAUUACUCGUACUCUCCGAAGGUCGGGGAUAGAUUUUUUACUUUUAUGACGCGUGAUUUAUUAUACAAAAUCCGCCCUCGCUCUUAAUAUAAAUAGGUAUAAUUUCAGUAAUACAGGUUAGGGGGGGGGUAUCUAUAAUAGACAAGAGCAUAUUUCACCGCCGCUACCUUAAUAAUUGCAGUACCUACGGGUAUUAAAAUUUUCUCUUGAUUAGCUACAUGUUACGGAGGAUCUUUAAAAUUAACACCAUCAAUGUUAUUUGCUUUAGGUUUCGUAUUUAUGUUCACAAUAGGAGGGUUAUCAAACCACUUGGCUCUCCCUUUAAAGACCACCAUAUGCUGGGACCUUCUGACAAUUAUGCUACUAGGAAUUUAUGGAUUAAUACCAGUAAAAAUGUAUAAUUUUGAACAAUCAGCAGGUAACCAACAGACAUUCUUUUUUAAUAAUGUUUUAGUAGGUACCUCAGAGGCUAAACGUGGUCCUCAUAAAUUAUUAUGAGAAGAUAUAGUCCGUGUAAUAAAAAUUACAUUAAUCCAUUUAAAUCUUUACUACUUAAGUUUUUCUAAUUCUUGCUCAUACUCUGCCAAUAUUUAUUAUUUACAAGAUACAAUACAAAAAUUAAAACCUGUAAAAGUUUAUAACUUAAAAAAAGAUAGAAUUCAAAUAUUAAAAGAAGAAAAGGAGAAAUCAGGAGUUUAUUUUUUAAUAAACAACAUAAAUGAUCAUACUUAUGUAGGAAGCUCUAUAAAUUUAGCUUCUAGAAUGAGAAAUUAUCUUAAUAAUAGUUUUUUGAAAAGUAAACAGAGUUUUAAUAUGCCAUACUUCGUAGUAAAAGCUUUACUUAAAUAUGACCAAUCAAAUUUUACUCUUUUAAUUUUGGAGUAUGUUGAAACGGAAUCUUUAACCAUUAGAGAAACUUAUUAUAUUACAAGGCUUAUGCCUUAUUAUAAUGUAUUAAAACAAGGUUAUUCUUCUUUAGGUUAUAAACACACAGAAGAAACUAAGAAAUUACUAUCUGAAUUAGCUAAAAAUAGAACACAUUCUGAUUCCACUAAAUCUUUAAUUGCCAAAGCUUUAACCGGCUUGUGAAACAUAAAUAACCCUUUUUACCAUAAAAGUCAUUCAGUAGAAAGUAAAUUAAGAAUGAGUGAGGCUAAAUCAGCUUACCCUGUAUAUGUUUAUAAUUCAUUUAAGCAAUUGUCAUACUUCGUAAAGAAGAGUUGUUUUUCCUUCAGUAGGGUUUUUAGCUAAAUUAAUUAAAUCAAAUCAUGCUACCCUAGUGUCGGUUAUUCAAAAUAAUAUUAUAUUUAGAGGUGAAUGGUUUUUAAGUAAUAUACCUUAUAAUAUAACAGAUACGCCUUUAAUAUCUUCUCUGGAAGAGCGUGAUAAAUUAGUAUUAGAGAUUAACCAACAAAGCCACAUUAAAAAAGCCAUAUUUGUAUACGAUACCGAUAAAAACUUUAUGGGUAAAUAUGAUGGAGUAAUGGCUGCUAGUAGAGCAUUGAAAAUUAGUCAUCUUACCAUUAAAAAUCAUGCUAAGGUAGCCAGUGUUUAUAACAAUUAUAUUUUUAGUUAUGUAAGAUUAAUAGAUUAAUGUAAUUUUUUAUUCGUAAGUGGAGUCGUUUUAGCGAACGCAUCACUUGAUAUUGCAUUCCACGAUAAACUUAUUAAUAAUAAAACAGAAAAGGAUAUUAAAACCCCAAAUGAUGCGAUUAAAUUAGAUAAUUUAAGUGUUCAAGAUAAGUCAUACAUAGAACAAUUUUUUGUAGGUUUACUAGAAGGAGAUGGUAGUAUAACCAGUAAUUUAAAUUCAAACAAAUCUAAUAGCAUAAUAGUGCGAAUAGUUAUUUCUUUAAAAAAUCAACCAGAAAAUCUUAUUAUGCUUAAUAAAAUAAAAAACGUAAUAGGGGGUAGAGUUGUUAUAGAAAGAAAAAAUAAAUAUGUUACAUGGAUAGCGAGCAAUAAAAACGACAUAGCUAAGGUUUUUAUCAUUUUAGCUAAAUAUCCUUUACUGACUGCUAGAAAACAAAGUCAAUUAGAGUUUGUUAAAAAUUGUUUACUAGAAAAAGAUAUAGAAAAAUUUUUAGUUAAUAGAAAUGCUAAAUACAGCAACAAAAAAGAUUUAUUACUUGAAUUUUCUAAAAAGGAGAGACCUACAUAUUUUGCUCCCUGACUAUCGGGAUUUAUAGAAGCAGAAGGUAAUUUUUCUUUAGUUUUUAAUGAAAAAGGUUAUUUAAGAAAAAGUGCAUUUACUAUAGGACAAAAUGAUGAAUUACAUAUUCUUACUUGAAUAAAUCAGUAUUUUAAUAGUAAAACCGCCAUUCUUAAAGAUAAAGCCAAAAAAGGUGGUAAUUUUGAAUAUUACCGUUUAUAUUUAUAUAAUGCGGAAUCUAGGAAACUUAUUUUUGAACAUUUUUACAAAUAUCCUUUACUAGGUUACAAAGGGGUGUCUUAUUUAAAUUUUAAACAUUAUCACCAAUCCAAACAUCUUUAGGCUAGUAUGCUUCACGUGUAAGAUAUUAAAGGUUUUUUUUUAUUUGUUUAUUAUUAAUUGAUGUGUUGUGUUGUCACAUUGCUUGAUUGAACUUAAGUUUAGUAUAUCCUUUUACUAAAUAGAAAUUUAAUCCGUAAUAUGUAUUAUAUAUUACGAACGGUGAAAGUUAUAAUAUGUACUAUAAUGCUAGUAUACUACGACAGUAUUGUAAUCAACACCGUGGGUUUAUUAAAAAAUAAUUCUUUUUUUUUUAGAUCUGUAGAGACUAUACGCAGUGUAUUUGGUUUUAAACCUAAUGGUUAAAAUCAAUAAAGAGAUAGUCCGAUCCCCUUAUAAAUUGUAAAUAACAUAUAAAAAGGGAACAGGGGUAUUCUUAUUUCACUUCUUAUUUCACAGUAAGAAAAAAAAAGUACUUACCCUUGUCUUACCAGACUUAUUACGUCGUAGCUCAAUUGGGCCUGAAUAAUUUAUCUUCUUAUUUAUUGGCUUGCCCGGCCGUUAAUAAAAAUUAUUUUGCAACUGACUAUAUGCUGGAAACUGUGUCAUUUGUGUUUUGUUUACUAUUUAUUAAUACGUUUUAUCUUUAUAAACUAGAUGAAAAGAAUAAAAAAAAUUUUUUACCCUUUCCCUUUUUUAAAAUAAGGGAGUCGGGUAUAAGAUUUACACAUACCUUGCCAAGAAUAGUCGGAAAAAAUAAUUCUCUGCCUCAUAAUAGUACAUUAGACAUUGUGCAGGUUACUAAAAAAUUAAAUCCUUGAUUUGUAACUGGCUUUACUGACGCUGAAGGUUGUUUUCUUAUUAAUGUUAGACCUAAUUCCAAAAUGAAAACGGGUUAUUCUGUAGAAUUAGUGUUUAAGAUAGCUUUACACUUAAAGGAUAAAUCAUUAGUAGAAGAUCUUCGUAAUUUUUUUUGUGUUGGAACAGUUACAACUAGAGGAUCUGAUUGUAUUCAAUACUGGGUAGGUUCUAUUAAAGAUUUGCAUAUUAUUAUUAAUCAUUUUAAAUCUUACCCCUUAAUUACACAUAAAUGA